CACUGUCCUCUUUGUUUAGUUUAAUUCAUUUUAACAGGAGGAUCACAUCAGAAUCUUGCUCAAGAUUCAAAAAAUGCUGCCAGGCAGGAAUUUCACAAGAGCCUUUGGGUCAGCGUGCCUGAACACAAUCCCAUAUUCCCACGCCAACCUCCUAGGCGGCGUCUGCAGGAAGGAACCUGCUCCUCACGCAGGAGGAUCCUCAGUUCCUGCCGCUUUUUGCCACUCCCUGCUGCGGUCAGGUGACUCCAGGUAGAAAAACUCUCGCUCUCCUCCACCUUUUUGUGGCGCUGACCCCAUUAGGUUUUCGCUUUCUCCUCGUGGAAGGUUGACUAUCCUGCGUCAGCAUGGCCAACGGUGGAGUCACUGUCGCAAGACAAGUGAUGAUGAUCUUCAACUUUAUCUAUGCACUUGCAGGCGUCUGUGUUCUUGCUGUGGGCCUGUGGCUGAGGUUAGACCCAAAGACCAGAGUCCUGUUCGAAGGAUCAGGUUCACCAUAUGUGUUUUACACAGGUGUUUAUAUCCUAAUAGGAGCGGGAGCCCUGAUAAUUGUGGUGGGUUUUCUGGGAUGCUGUGGGGCCAUCAAGGAGUCUCCCUGUAUGCUGGGAAUGUUCUUCUUCUUCCUGCUUAUCUUAUUUGCCAUUGAAGUUGCAGCUGGAAUAUGGGGGUUUUCCAACCAAGGCAAGGUGGUGAACGACGUCACAACAUUUUACAUGCAGACAUACAACAACUACAAAUCAACCGGAGACGAGCUCCUGAAGGAGACACUGCGGCUGAUUCAAACCGCGCUCAAGUGUUGCGGUCCAACUGGUACUGUGGUUGAUACUGCCAAGGACACCUGUCCGCAGGGAGACCCACUGGAGGAGCUCAUUACUAAGAGCUGUCCUGAUGCUAUUGAUGAGCUGAUCGAGUCCAAACUACCCAUCGUAGGAGGAAUGGGCAUCAUCAUCGGAAUUGUAAUGAUGUUCGGGAUGAUCUUUAGCAUGCUUCUGUGCUGCGCCAUCAGAAAAUCCCGUGAGGUGGUGUGACGCCCACUGUCACGCCAGUCUUUUAGUGUUGCAUGAUGUCAUUUCCAGGGUCACAUGACUCUCCACUGCCAAUAGAAACACUGCUUGUUUAAGGGUGACCACCUAAGCCAGACUGGGUGCAGAUACGUCUGACUCUCCCACUGUGUCAGCUGUAACUGUACUGUCCACACUUAGGCCCAUCUCCCUGAACUACAGUAGGUAGGAGCAAUGUGGUUUACUAGGCCCAGUUAUAGAAUGGGUGUCAUCUGUGCUUCAGUGGCGGUGUAAUACAGAAAUGUGUAAACCUGUGGUCAUUUGAUUGAAAUUGGUGUUUGUGAACUGCUAAUUACUGAACAAAAGACGAUCUUAUUGCAUCCUGAUCACAUUUCUAUAUCGCUGGAGUCACCUACUGGCAAAAACACCAGGCCUAAAAGGCAACCAUCACUUGAGCACAAUACAGCUUUAUCCAAUGAAAUCCUCCAAUCCCACCGUAUCGCUGAGCUGUGAACUGCCAUGAAUGUGGUUUUCUCUGCUUAGCAUUCUGUUCCUUCAUUAUAGUGACAUGAGAUUCGUUCUAUUCUGUUUUUUAACUUUCCCCCAUUUUAAACACUUAUUUUGUUUUUUACAUUUUGUAAAUGUCUUAUUUGUAAAAACAAUUCUAAUGUUAUAUAGUCUGGUCUGUGGGGUUUGAUUAUGUAUUUUAUAAUGUGCU